AGGGAGCUACUUUUUCUUCUCUUCCUCCCUACUGCACAGAGCGCGUUUGAGACAGCCCUGUCGGUUUAAACCGGGAGGACACCCAUACCGACUUCUCAAUGCAAAAAAUAAAAGGGUAGCUAGAAGCUGGGGCGAGGGGAACGGAGGUAAAGCGAACGCUCUUGGUCGGUCUCUCUCUCUCUCUUUCUCUCCUUCUCUCUCUCUCUUCUCUCGUUUUUAUUACAUGAAUGAAUGAAGUAAGUAGUAAGGGACACGUACAAGGAAACACGCCUCCGCCUGGACGACCAAACGCAUUUAAUAUUUGACUUGUGUUCAAUGGUACAUGUUUCCAUCUCUACAUUUUCGUCGAAAACCAGAGUAGGACGUCUCAUCGCGUCAUUCGAAACACUUUCGAAGGUGUAGCAGCUGAAAGUCCUCGCCGUGAACAUGGCAACUUUAACGAACGGACAGGUGGACGCCGUGGUGCACGGAGGAGCUGCCAGUACGAACGGGCUCGUGAACGGAAUAAGCCACACGCACAGUCCCGCGAGCUGCGCCACCAUUCCCAUGAAGGACCACGAUGCCAUCAAACUGUUCAUCGGUCAGAUACCCCGCAACCUGGACGAGAAGGACCUCCGGCCGCUCUUCGAGGAAUUUGGCAAGAUCUACGAGCUCACCGUGCUGAAAGACCGCUUCACUGGCAUGCACAAAGGGUGUGCCUUCCUCACAUACUGUGCAAGAGAAUCAGCGCUAAAAGCUCAGACCGCGCUCCACGAGCAGAAGACGCUACCUGGGAUGAACAGGCCAAUCCAGGUGAAGCCAGCUGACAGUGAGAGCAGGGGAGAAGACAGAAAACUUUUUGUUGGCAUGCUGAAUAAGCAGCAAUGUGAGGACGACGUGCGGCGCCUUUUUGAGUCCUUCGGGAGCAUCGAGGAGUGCACCAUCCUCAGAGGUCCUGAUGGAAACAGCAAAGGUUGUGCGUUUGUGAAGUAUUCCACUCAUGCAGAAGCUCAGGCCGCUAUCAGUACUUUACACGGCAGCCAAACCAUGCCUGGCGCUUCUUCCAGCCUGGUGGUGAAGUUUGCAGACACAGAUAAGGAACGGACCAUUCGACGCAUGCAGCAGAUGGCCGGUCAGAUGGGCAUCUUCAAUCCGAUGGCCCUGCAGUUUGGAGCGUACGGCGCCUAUGCACAGGUUCAGCAGCAGGCAGCGCUGAUGGCAUCAGUGGGUCAGGGAGGAUAUCUCAGCCCUAUGGCGGCUUUUGCUGCUGCACAGAUGCAACACAUGGCCACUAUAAACGGCCUCCCAGGGGCUCCCAUGACCCCAACAUCAGGUGGAAGCACGCCCCCUGGCAUCACAGCUCCCACGGUGACCAGCAUUCCAUCUCCAAUUAGUGUCAACGGUUUCACAGGUCUGCCUCCUCCUCAGGCCAACGGCCAGCCCCCAGCGGAGGCCAUGUUUACCAAUGGAAUCCAUCCGUACCCAGUUUUGCAGGAAGUGGUGUUUAGGGAAGACUCGGAGAAGGGCGGCCUGGGCAUGGCACAGAGAAGUUGUUUUGGGGUUCAGGGAAGCUGCUUCCUGUCGUCUCUAUCAGAAGCUCAGAGUCCCACCGCAGCAGACCCCCUACAGCAGGCCUACGCUGGAGUCCAACAGUAUGCAGCAGCCUUCCCCGCUGCAUAUGGACAGAUCAGCCAGGCCUUUCCCCAGCCGCCUCCCAUCAUCCCUCAGCAGCAGAGAGAAGGGCCAGAGGGCUGUAACCUGUUUAUUUAUCACCUCCCUCAGGAGUUUGGGGACGGCGAGCUGAUGCAGAUGUUCCUGCCUUUCGGUAAUGUCAUCUCCUCCAAAGUGUUUGUGGAUCGGGCGACAAACCAAAGUAAAUGCUUUGGCUUUGUGAGCUUUGAUAACCCGGGCAGCGCUCAAGCUGCCAUCCAGUCCAUGAACGGCUUUCAAAUCGGCAUGAAGAGACUGAAAGUGCAGCUGAAGAGGCCAAAGGACGCCAACCGCCCAUAUUAGCCCCGUCCCUCCCCCCAGCCACCCCUGACCCUGGGGAUGAAGGCCGCCGCUGCGCACAGGGAAGGACAGGUUUUGUAGAGCUGGAACACGUUGAGAACAUGCCAAAUGUAUUUGAAAACACAUACUGUAAGAUCAAGAUCAUCGGGGCUGGGGAUACAGUACAGCUGAAGAGGGACAUGAGGAGGACGUAGCCGCAUGAUAUACCAACACCACCAGGCUCAUUGGACCUUUUUGGACUUCAGUGUUUAACUCAGGGGAGCCGCGGGGUUACUGGACCAUACCGUACUCCCUUCUUUGAAACCCUCGAACCCUUUUUUUGAAGAACCACAGAAAACACUACUGAAGACCAACACAAAAAAACAUAUAUUUAAAAGAAGAAAAACAAUGAAAGUCCUCAAAAUGCUCGGAAUCUAUGAAUUAGUAGUAUGGGGAAAAAAAACCUUUUUACAACUAAGAUAGACUUUUAGAUGGGAAUCAUGUAAUAUUGAACACGUCUUUGGGAAAACUUUUUAAAGAACUGUUUUAGAAACCAACAAAAUGGAUAUAAAAAAAAAACACUUGAAAGACAGAAUUUUUGGAAGGAUUUGACAAUUCAGGACAAGAACUUGCUUCGACUCGGGAUGGCCAACUUUUUUUCUUGGAGUGCCUGUCUGUUUCCAGGGGCAAUGGCUGCCACAAACUACAGCCUCCGUCCGCUGGGAGACUUACCUGUCAUUCCUUAGUUGUGUAGGGACCAAAUGACCAAACCUUUUUAUCACAAAUGAAAC